AUGAAGCGUGUGAUCGGCGGCUCGAAGCGCCAGCGCCCCGUGAUCCGGCAUGAGAAUUCUCAUCUCGGUACCGGGGCGGGCGUGACGAGCGGGCCGAUUCAAGUGCCGGGCCACAAUGCGUUCCCUACCAGUGCGUCGCCAUCGCGCACUGGGAGCGUAACGAGUAUUCCACCUGACGCUGCGUACCAUGCGUCGCCUUCCCGCUCGCACUCUGGCAUGGUCGCCGCGCCCAGUGCGAGUGUGCCACCCCCUGCGCCCACCCCUGGCCUUCUCUCCCCGUCCGCCGGGGCCCUCUCGCCCUCGCCGACGUCGUCCCCCGCGCCCAUGAUGGCAUCGCCGCCGCCGACACUACCGCCGCCAUCGUCGCCGCCCAGUGCACGACGUACACGCAUACCACCGCCGACCGUCGCUGCACAGGAACCUACCAGCCGUGCUUCGCUGGACGAUGGCGUGGCUGUUGCGCCGAUGCCCGACGCACCGCGCACGUCCGUCAGCACCUUGCUGGAUGCUGACGUGCUUCCGCCGCCUAGCGCUAGCCCGUUGCCGGCGAUGACGGCACAGGUGCCACCGCCCCUUACGCGGCGCUCGUCCAGCCGGCGUGUCGGCUCACUGACGCAAGAUCGCGAAUUGGCGCAAGUGCGUGCCCAGCAAAAGCGGCGUUUGCUGCGUAUGGCCGAGCGAGAGGCGCCAAGUGUGCCGCGUACGGCGCAUCGCAUGACGCCAGGCGUGCCGCAGCCGAUUACCUCGUACGUCCAAGCGACCGAUGAGCCCAAGUUUCGCGAACUGUACGCCGUCCUUCGCAAGCUGAAGCAGGAAUGGGGGUUCCUGCUCGAGUCGGAGUUCAAUCCUGUGAGCUUGUCCCUGGCCUUGCUUCCGCAAGGCGCUUUGCACUCACACGCCGAGGCCUUUGCGUCGCUGUCCCCCCUGAUUGAGUCGUCGUUGCAAGGCACGUUGGACGACCACUACGAUUCGUUCGCGACGGCCAUCACUGUGAACCAUGGCAUGAUUGCGUCGCUAGGCACAUCGCAGGAUGGGAUUGCUAGUGCGCGGCAGCAGCUGCAAAGUGCCCGCGACGCGCUAGGCGCUCGUCGUGCAGACCUCGUGCAAAUGUGGCAGCGCAUGCAGUCCGUCAAAGAAGCGACGCGUGUCCUGUCCUUGCUAGAGCAGCUGCGGGGCGUACCUGACGAACUUGAGUCGCUCAUGACCGAGAAACGAUUCCUGGAGGCGACGCAGCUGCUUAUGCGAUCGCUCCGUCUGAUCCAGCGUGACGACUUGGCCGAGCUGGGCGCGACGUCUGAUCUACGUGCGUAUCUUCGCUCGCAGGAGCAUGCGCUGCUUGACAUUCUGAUCGAGGAGUUGCAGAGUCAUUUGUACCUGAAAAGCUACUGGUGUGAUGGGCGCUGGCGUGCGUACGUCGCCGGGCAGGAUACGCUCCCGGAUCUUGUGCUGGGCCUCGAUGCAGGUCCCGCGCCGGCUAUGGCCGCCUCGCAGGCGCUUGUCACAGCGGCGAGUGGCACGGCGAGUAGCAGCGGCACGUCUGCGCCGACGUGGACCACGCUGCAAACGUUCCUACGGGAUGUGCAUGCGCGACGAACGUCGUACAUGGACGACGCUACGACCGACCCACUGCGACCGACCACGGCGGCGACCACCGGGUGGGACGAAGUGGCGACCCCCGCCUCGCUGACGGAGCCGCCGACCUCCACUUCGACGCCGGCGGAAGACGACAGUUUCCUGUACCUCGAGAUGCUCUGUGAAUCGUUGGCGCGGCUCGGAAAAAUUGGGUACGCCCUAGAUACCAUUGCGCAGCUUGUGCCUACGGAGCUGCAUCAGUUGAUCGAUACGACGCUUGACGAAGUGGAAGCGCGGCAUGCUUCGCGGCACAAUGGCACACCGAUUCGCACGGCCGCCGUGCUGAUUGCGCCGCAGGCGACGCAUUCCGUGCUGGACGAGCCGCAUGUCCGCCGCUCUUUCUCACAGGCGGCGUGGGCCUCGGCGACGCAGACCGCCGCGUCGACCGACGUUGCGAUCCUUCAGCAGGAUCGAGAGACGAUGCGUGACUUUUUCUAUACGCUGUUUUCCAAGUUGGAAGCGGUGCUAGCAGCGCAUCGCGCCUUGCACGAAGUCGCAGGGGUGCUUAUUGGCCGGGCCAGCUCGCUCACGGAAGGUGCUGCGGAUCGCGCCAGUGCCGAAACGGGUGUCGUGGCCUUAUCGCGUGUAUGGGACGCCGUGCAGGACGAGGUGCAAGGCCUGCUCAUGGACUACCUGGCCAACGAUGCAGAGCGUGUCCAGGCGAGUCAUAGCGUGCCGCCUCUGGAGGCCGUGCUUCGUUCGUCGCGGUACGAGCGUGAGAAAGCGCCGCUGUUCCGUCUCGCUGCACCUUCGAAAAUGUCAGCGGAUGUCCGCGCCGCCAGCGACGCGUUGGAAGCAUCGCUGCAUGUCUACGUUCCUGGGCUUGUCGGCCAGGAUGCAACGACCCCGGCGCAUGCGCUCGAGCCACGAGCGCGCUUUGACGAGGAGGUGCAGGCGGGGCAUGGCCACCGCCGCCUCGUCCCCCCGAUGAUCUUUGUCGUCGCGGCGUUGCUGGCGCCUACGCACCGGUUCUUGGACCGUGUCUCGCUGAUUCUGCCGCGCGAUGCUGCUGGGCCUGGCCAAGUGGACUUUACGACGUUCCUGCGUGGGUUUGUCCACGAUGCGUUCCUGCCGCAGCUGGGCGAGCAAGUGCAUGCGCUUGUCCAAAGCACCAGCAGUGCGCCUGAUGCGUUCCAGCCGGAAGCGGGGAUGCGGAUCGGCGCUUCGCGUGCGGUGAUGCGCAGUGCCGUGCAGGUCGCGACCUUGGUCGACAGUUUGUAUGCGAUGCUGCAAGCGGCGCCGUUCCAGCGCGCGUCGUACACGCGCCUGAUUGUUUUGGCAUUCUUGGCGUUCUACGAAAAGUGCAACGAUCGAUUUAAGCGGCUGGUCGCUGAGGACCCCGAGUCGGCGGCAGGGCCGUAUGCCUUGUCGAUCGUGUGGGUCCAACGUCCCGAGCUGUAUGCGUGCCUCACAGCCGCUCUGGAUGCAGAGCCACACUCGACGCGCGCGCAGGAUGCGCGUCAUGCUGAAGCGCAGACCGAAUGGCACUGGGCCUCGUCGAUGUCUGUACGUCGUGCGGAUUUGAUCACCUCGCGCAAACGGCACAUGGCGCUGGGGACGUUGCAGCACAGCUUGCAUUGGCUCAGUACGCAUAUGCAUCAAUUUGCCAUGGGCCAGCACGACGCGAUGGAUGCGGCUUCGACCUCGACCGAGUCGCUACUACCGCUCCCAGCGUCCAGCGAUGUGGCCGCGCUGUGGCAGGAUGUGCCGCGAAUAUAUACGACGCUCUGUCGUACGGUCCUUAUGACAUUGCGUGUCGAGUUGCGUUUGAAGACGCUGUACUACCUGCACUUGGCCAUCCAGGGCAACUAUGUAUGCGACGCACUAUCGAUGGAGCCUGAUACGCACGUCGUCGACUUGAAUGCGGAAUUGGCUGCAUGCCAUGAGACGUACAAAUCGACUAUACUGCCCGAGCAUUACGCGUUUGUCUUUGACGGCCUUGAUGUCCUGAUGGAUCUGACGCUCACACGAGCCAUCCUGCAUGUGCCCGCGCUGAAUCGGUAUGGCGUAACCAAGAUGCUACGCAAUCUGCUCAGUCUGCAGCAGAACCUCAAGAACAUCGCCGAGGAGCCACGCUCGAUCGACAUGGAAAAGAGUCGGCGGCUCUGGGAUACGCUCGCCAAGGAGCCUGAGGCUUGGCUCGCCGCCUUGCCCGCGCAGCCACCCCACUCCGCAGGCGAGUACCUCGCGGCGAUUCGAUUGUGCUUGGGCCUUGCGGACGAUGGCGCUCCUAUGCUGCACGCUGGCACGACGCAGCAGCCCGUGUCCGAUACGCGCUACCGCGCCUGCGUCGACAUGCUGCACCAGGUCCUUCAUACCGAGGGAAAAGCAUCUACUACAUAA